AUGGUUUUCUUUAUUUGUGACAAUUGUGGAGAAUCUUUAAAGAAAAAUCAAGUCCAAAAACAUUCCUCAAAAUGUAAAAAUGGCUCUUUUUCUUGUAUGGAUUGUCAAGUUGUAUUUACUAUAAAUAAUUAUGAUCAUCAUAUUAAAUGUAUUUCUGAAGAUGAAAAAUAUGGAGGAGCUAAUUAUACUGCUAAAAUUAAUAAGGGAGAAGUAAAACAAGAUAGUUGGGUCAAUCAAGUUAGAGCUGCCAUUAAAUUCGUUAACGACCCACAAUUAAAAGGUUUACUUAGAAAAAUACAAGGAUAUACAAAUAUACCCAGAAAAGAAUCUAAAUUUAUUAAUUUUCUUCAAAAUUCUUUAAAUUAUAAAAAUUAUGGGCUUUGUAAAAAAGCUUGGGAAGCGAUUAAAGAUGAAGCAGAAAAAUUAAAAAAUAAAAAGGUUGAGAAAUGUGAAGGGAAUAAAACUGAAGUAAUUUAUAAAGAAGUUGAAGAAAAAAAGGAGAUUGAGGAAAUGAAGGUUGAGGAGGAAAAGGAGGAGGAGGAGGAAAAGCAAGUUGAAGAGGAGAAGCAGGGGGAGAAGGAGGAAAUUGAAGAAGAAGAAGAUCAAGUUGAAGAGGAAAAACAAAUGGAGGAGGAAAAUCAAAAAAGAAUUUCUGAUAUUCCAUUAAAAUCAAUUUUAAAAAAGAAGAAAAAGGCGGACAACAAUCAAAAUGGUAAAAAAUUUGGAGAAAACUCAAUUCAAAGAAGUAAUGAACCAAAAAUGUUUCCGACUCGUAUUGUUUUUAAUGAUAGUGAUGAUGAGUAA